AAGAAGAAAAAUUAGAGUUAGUCAGUGACCAAGUAGACAAAAUAUUAUGUGGAAAUAAGAAGCAAAAGCCUGUGACCAAACAAAAAAGGAGAAACAAGAAUGUCGACAUUAGCUCUAUCAAAAAGAUUAACGACUACUUUCCUACAAAUCCCUAAGAGUAAGCCCGAGAGACAAGGGGUGAACGGCACUACAACUAAAGAUGAAUCAAGAACAACUGAACACACAACGCCAGAUAAGGCAAAUAUUGAAAAUAAUAAGGGUGUUACUCCCAAACCUGAACAAAGAGUGCCUGAACAGAAAUCGAAGUCUACUAAAUCCAGUGCAGAGUCCGAAGCUUUCCAGCAGAAACUCAAGCGGGAGCAACUCAAAGCCAAGCUCAAGUCCAUCUUCUGUGAGUGCUACCCCUCCCUCGUCGACGCCAAUGGAAACAUCAAGUAUCCCAUCAAUGACAAGCUGUUAAGGAAGACUCCACUGCUCCACGACAUCGACGAAAUGCCCACAAGGCCAAAAUUGUUCAAAGUGUUUCUCGAGAACUCGCAGGAGUUUGAAGACAUCCUGCAAAUUUGGGAGUUCGCUUCGAACUGUCUGGAGUUGCCCAAGCCGUUCAAAGCUGAAGACCUCUACUCAGGACUCAAGUUCACCGAAGAUACCGAAGAAGUGACCCUCAUCUCGGAGAUCAUCUGAGCAAUUCUGGAAAUGGCCAUCAGCGAGAUUCCGGACGAACAAGUGGAAGAUGAAGACUCUCUCUUGUGGAUGAUCAAACAAACUCAAGGAGAAGGCAAGCUCCGCUUCGUCUGGCCUUGUCUCAUCAGCAUCUUCAUCGAAAAAGGUAUUUUAGAAUUCACAACCAAUGAAGACAUUAAAAAGAUUGGAGGCAUCCUGCAAAACGCCACUCCCAAGAAUUUCAACUCUUUGCUGUCAUACGACCAGAAAAUCAAAAUUCUGUUGUUCUUGUGCAACUCUGCACACGACUUCCAGGCGUUCAGAGACUAUCUGAGCGAGCGGCUCAAAGAGAAGCACCGAUACUCCAAAGAAAAGCAGGAUACGUACACUGAGAUCAGGAGAAUCGACUCUGAGAAAAAGCAACUCAUGGCUCAACAUGCAGACAGCGACUUCGUCAAAAAUGAUAAAGUCAAAGGCAAAAUCGAGGCGCUUCGUGAAGAACAGAAGGGGGCCUCCCGCACCAGAGGCAAAGAGAUCGCCACUCAGCUUGAGGCUCUGACUCGUGAAAUGAACCAGUACUACGGAUCCAUGAAGGCAUUCGACGAGAAGAUUCAGUCUCUGAACAGCAGAAUCAGUAGGCUCAACGACCAGUUAUUCAGAGUUUCUGUGAAAGUGCCUACCAUUGGCUACGACUUGCAAAACGAGUACUGGUACUUCAAAGACGAACCCACCAAGAUCUUUGUAAAGCACCUUGAGUCUUGUCGGUGGGGAUACUACGGCGACGAGGAAUCCAUUCAGCAGCUCGAGAAAAGCCUCCUCACAAAAGGCACCAAAGAGAAGAAACUCUGAGAGGGACUCAGGAGGCUCAGAGGCAAGAUGAGAAUCAAGGCAACCAAGGAACACAACGAGCCAGCUGGCGGAGUCAAUGGAGCCAAUCAAGUCGAAGAAACCAAGGAGACACCUGCUAAUCAGUCUCAGCAAAAUGGACACGACGUUGAGACGAAGGAGCAAUCUCCAAGGUACGAAGACUACAAGGAAGAGAUCGACUGGGACAAAUGACUCGAAAGAGCUGUCCAAUUCUCAUCCAGGAAAUCUGAAAUGAGCACUCGCAGAAGUGCCAGGAAGUCUGGAGACAGACUCGAUUCGCUCAACUUGCAGUCCAUCAAAGAUAGAAUGUUGGACCUUGAGUCUGACUACACUGAGGCCAGCAGAGAGAUCGGCAAAUCAUGGACUCCAUACAGUGGCAUUGACGAAAUGAGAAACAUCAUCGAAGACGCAGAAGAUGAAGAAACCCUACGAGAUGCUCUUGAUCUGAUAGAGCGAGGCUUCAGCAACCCUAUGAACGUGAAGACAGUCGAAGAGAUGCCUGCUUCAGCAAGGGUCGAGCGAGACAUAGACUCUCAGAGCAAUGCGAGCGGGAAACCACCCGCCAACAAGAGGAUCUACGAGAACGGACUUGUGUUCUUCAGAAACAAUCGCAAGAUCAAGAAGUUCUGGUCUUCAGACGCGCUCAAGGACUCCUGGAGAGAAUACAACUCCAACAUCCAGAAUGGGUCGAUCUCUGCUCUGUUCCUGAGCGUGUGCAUAUUUGCAGACCAAGCCGAAGACUUCAUUGAGAAGCUCAACUCCAAGUUGGAAAAGAAAAACAAAGAAACAGAAGAGCUAAAAUCCAAAGACAAGCUUAGCAAAUAAGAGUUCUAGAGAUUCUGAUCGCAACAACCGCAAGCGCACUGUUGGAUUCUAUAAAGAAGAAAGCGACGAUGACCAUGGCAGCGAAUCCGAGAGCAAGCCUUCCAGAAACAAGAGGCAGAAGCUCAGCCACGAAAGCGAGUUCGAAGAAGACAGCCCCAUCGAAGAAUCCGAAGAACUCGAAGAAGAAAGUGAAGAUGAACAUGACGCUGAGAUCCAGGACGAAGACACCAGAUGGGACUCCAGCUGCUAUGUUUGCAAGAAGCUCGGGGAACUCAUCUGUUGAGAGGGUUGAGAGCGAGUAGCACACUUGGAAUGCGUCAAACUGAGAGUUAUACCUGAAAACGAUUGGUAUUGCAGAGAUUGAAGAGUGAAAAAAUUUAGUAUGAGACAAACAAGAUCCUCAAGAAGAAGAUAAGGGUGAAGUGGAUACUCCCCCAUCAUGGUAUAACCCAAUUGAAUAAAAUCUUUAAAUUGUCACCUGUUCAAUUAUA